CCUUCUUUUCGGUCACUCCCAAGUCCGCCGAAAAUCUUGUGUAAACAGGAGCUGGGUGAGAGUCGCUGCAGUGUCCGUCGGAAAGGAUUGUUUUAUUUUAAAGAAUAAGUUUUAUAUGUUGGAGGUGGCGGCUGAGUUUUUACACGGAGUUGGUGUUAAACGGCACAACAUCCGGGUCCUGUGGUGGCUAUAGCGACUAACCAGCCCGCACGGCACAGCAGCUCGUGCAGCUAAACCAUUAGUUUACGGGGCUAGCUUAGCUUAGCUUAGUUUAGCUUAGCUGAACUGUGUGUGGUCUCGAUAUCAGGCUUUAUUCAGGAUUAUAUCUGGGGCUGCGAGUUAUUUAUUUAACUACAGUGCAUUAGAGAAAAAAACAAACGGUAGCUGGUGAAGAAAAAGCGGGCAAUGUUAGCAGGGUGGUGAUAAGCGCUCGGUGAACUUGGCUAGCUAGCAAACAGUGCUGUGUUGGUUAGUGAAGCAACGUCGGCUGAAAAAGCUGUGACAUGAUAAACUUGAGCUUUUUCCCAGGUCAUGUCAGGGGACGCGUGCAGUACUACAGGCUGGCAGUGACGCCUUAACCAGGAGUCGGUAGAGUCUUCACAGCAGCACAGAAGAGAAUUACCGUCACGACAUAGUGAAGCGACACAUCAGGCGGUUUGGUGGAGAGUGUGUGUGUGUGUGCGCAGCUGUAUUACUCCCCCAUGACCCACCCUGGCAGUUUUGCUCCUCCAGCUGUGCCACCGGAAUAACAAUGUCAGACAAUCAGGGCAACCUGAACAACAACAACGUUCCUCUGAACAACAAUAACGGCGCGGCGAACCGACUCCGCAACCCGAACGUCAAUCAGAACCCGCUGAUCAAUGUGCGGGACCGGCUCUUCCAUGCGCUCUUCUUCAAGAUGGCAGUCACAUACGCCCGACUCUUUCCUCCGUCUUUUCGGAGGGUCUUCGAGUUCUUCGUCCUCCUGAAGGCCUUGUUUGUGCUCUUCAUUCUGGCCUACAUCCACAUCGCCUUCUCUCGUUCACCCAUUAACUGCUUGGAGCAUGUACGUGAGAAGUGGCCGCGUGACGGCAUCCUGCGUGUGGAGAUCCAGCGCAACUCCAGCCGUGCACCCAUAUUCCUGCAGUUCUACGAAACGGAGGGGUUCCAGGGGCUUGUCAAAGAGCCGGACGGGGACACCGAGGACACCAGCCGAAUUCCUGUUCACCAAGACGAUGAGAACGAAGAGGAGAUGACGGUGGAUAUGUUUGACAACAGCUCCGUGAGGUUUGAGCUGGACAUUGAACCGCGACUGCCUUUGGUGAACGAUGGCGCCCCAGGCUCGAGCACGAACGACAGCCAGGACGUCUCCUUCAGCCAGGCGCCCUCUAAAGGUAUGCAGCCGCUGAAGGAGACUGUCUCCGAGAUUGAGAUGCUUACGAGAGCAGUGUGGCCUCAGGAGGAAUACAUAGUGGAGUAUUCCCUCGAGUACGGUUUUCUGCGGCUGUCUCAAACAACACGACAACGUCUUAACAUUCCUGUUAUGGUGGUUACCCUGGACCCAGUAAAGGACCAGUGCUUUGGAGACGGUUUUAGCCGCUUCCUCCUGGAUGAGUUCCUUGGCUAUGAUGACAUACUGAUGUCCAGUGUCAAGGCUUUAGCAGAAAAUGAGGAAAAUAAAGGAUUCCUGAGGAAUGUGGUAUCAGGAGAACAUUACCGAUUUGUUAGUAUGUGGAUGGCGCGUACCUCCUACCUGGCUGCCUUUGUAAUCAUGGUAGUUUUUACAUUGUCUGUGUCCAUGCUGCUCCGCUAUUCGCACCACCAAAUCUUUGUUUUUAUAGUGGACCUCCUGCAGAUGCUAGAAAUGAACAUGACCAUUGCCUUCCCAGCUGCUCCUCUUCUCACGGUCAUCCUGGCUCUUGUGGGAAUGGAAGCCAUCAUGUCCGAGUUUUUCAACGACACAACAACAGCGUUCUACAUCAUCCUCAUCGUGUGGCUGGCGGAUCAGUACGACGCCAUCUGCUGCCACACCAACACAAGCAAGCGCCAUUGGCUCAGAUUCUUUUAUCUGUACCAUUUUGCGUUCUACGCAUACCAUUACCGCUUUAAUGGGCAGUAUAGCAGCCUGGCUCUCGUCACUUCUUGGCUCUUCAUUCAGCACUCCAUGAUCUACUUUUUCCAUCACUACGAGCUGCCAGCUAUCCUGCAGCAGAUCCGCAUCCAGGAAAUGCUGCUGCAGAACCAGCAGGCUGCUCAGGGCAACCAGACAGCGCUUCAGGACAACCUGAACAACAACACAACCACCAAUGCUGUGGCGCAUGCCGGCAGGCCAACUGCAGCCAGCUCGGUCACUGCUAAUGGCCAGGAGCGCCAGCCAACCCUGGCCCAGCCACAGGCUGAAGCGUCUAAUGGCCUGCCCACUCCUGCACCCAGUGAUCAGGACUGGAUGUCCGAGACGGCAGCCAUCAUCACAGACGCCAUCAUCACGGAGGCACUAUCAGCUCCACUACUGGACACGACCGCGUCCACCGCAGGCGUCAGUGUCCCACAGAGUGCAGAUAUGGCAGAGGAGAGUCAGGAAGGGAGCAACAGAUCAGCUGGACCCCAAGAAGGUGGAGGGAGCGACGAGGAAGGAGCAACUUUUCACGUCACAGACUGCAGAGAGGCAGAAGUGGACAAAACGGACACGCAUCAGUGGGAUGCCAUAAAAGAGAGCGAGAGUCCCAGUGAGCCAGCCACAGCCAGCCCUCGCUCCGCCCCCUCCUGAGCUCAGGUUUCACUCGGGUUCAGUUCCAAACCCCCAUGAAUUCCACCUUUUUACCUCUUCAACUAGCAAGCAGAGCUUUUCACCCUAAAUGCGUCAGGAAGAAGUGGAGUGCAAUGUAAUCACACCCUGGAAAAGGGGCGUGUUGCCUUUUCUUUAGGACUCGAAGUGAAAACUGGAUGCUUCUUGAAUUAUUUUGAAAAUACACCACGUGUGGGGGUGUGAUCAUGCAAAGAGAGAGCAAUUUUUUUUUUCCUUUUCUUUUUGUGAGAUGAUUGAUUGAUUAAUGAUUGGUUUCUUUAAACACUGGGUGUGUUUGUAUUUAACAAUGUAGUACGUCUGAUGGCAUAUUGGGAGUCAUUCAGCGCUCAUCAUCAACCGGUUAUGUCAAAGAGCAUCUAGUCUUUAUUGUAUCUGAUAAUCCAAGCCAAAUAGCAGUUAACCUUUUGAUUAGAUUGGAGUUUUCGAGGUGUAAGGUUCUUAUGCAGUAGCAGACGACCCAGUGUAACGUCGAAACCAAGCUCUCACUUGGAUCUUGUGAAAGUAUAGUCUUAGUCCAUGAUGCCUUGAAAAUUGCUUUUAAGUGUUUUUUUUUUUUUUGAAGACUGUAUUUCGGUGUCAAGGACUGAUUCCUACGGGGUGGGGGACUUCCUGUUUGGAGCAGAUUGUUGAUCUUCACUAAUUUCAUCAUGAAACAGAUAAGCUCCGUCUGUUUUUGUGCAAUUCCAAGAUCUAUAAAGGCGCCCCAAAUGAAUCCUGCCUGGUUAUAGAGCAAGUCUCGUACUUUUUGUCUUGAUAGGUCCUCUUUUAUUUAGGUAUUUUGUGAAAGCUAUUCAUUCUUUCAGCUUUAAGCCUUCAGUUCAGGAUGUCUCACUUGCAGGCUUUGAGAACGGGUUGCCUACGAACAUGUUUAAUAGCGCUGUAAGGUUAUACCAUAGCUCGAGAACCUUCUCGGAGGGAACAUCUUAUUAACGCGCUUGAUCGUUUGUGUUGCUCUUUGCGUACGUGUACGUGUUAAUUGCAUUAUAAAAAGCAGCCAUACAAAUGGGUACAUUUCUUCUCAAAACCCAGAUUACUUCUCUAUCAAAUAUUAACACUCGUGGAAUGUAGGAGUACAGGGAGAGUACAGUUUUUGAUCCUCCCCAUGGGUACCGCAAGGCCUACCAAGACCGCGCCAACGUUUAGCAUUUAAGCAAAACGCAACGGAAGAGCGUCGUUAUCUAGCCACCAUUCAAAAGGUAUGCAAAAUGAACCGGUUACGUUAGUACCAGUUUGAAAACGCAAGUAUCGUUAAAGGUCAGCGAAUGAAUGAAUGUUUGAUGUGCAAAAAGAUCAGGUAGCUUUUUAAAAGCGUGUGAAGCAGAUUUGAGAGGUCUGUGCUUUGUCUCGAGGCGUAGAUAAAGCCAAUUUAAAAAGAUUUUGCUUUUACAAGUUGAGUUAAUUGCCGACAGCGAACUUUAUUCACAGGUAUUGUCUACUCUUUGGAUGAGAGAAGACUGGAAGAAACUGCAAUUUCUUUAGCAGGGUUUCAUUCAAAGGCUAUGCAACAAACGACAAGGUGAACGUCAGCAGCUCUGGGAAGAUGGUUUUAUCCAAAACGUGUGCAAUAAGUCAAGUCAGUUUGAGCGAGGCUUUCAGCAUGAGUGCUCCACAAGUGAGCUUUCAUGAUUUUUUUUGUUUUGUUUUUUUUCCCUUCCCUGUGCCUAUUUGCUGUUCUGUGUCAGAAUGCAGGAUGAUGAUGUUUCUAUCCAUUCAUCAUAGACGAUGAAAAUCCACAGUUCUGUGAUGAACUCGAUUUGCUCUUUCAUUCAGUUGUAUUUAAGUGUAAAACCGAAAUGCAUAAACAGACGAAAGGAUUUUCCACUCCGCA